CACAUACAACGACAACACGCUUCAGUCCCUGAGCUGUGACAUGGGAACAGAAACAAGAGAUGUAACUACUGGUGAUGACAACUUAGACGCACUUUUGGUAACUCAUCUGAAGCUGUGCAAAGGCCUUUUGGAGAAACUGAGGUCACCAAAUGUAGCCCAGGUUGUCCAGGAGAGCAUUUUGGAAGCAGUAUCAGAGCAGACGCGAGUCCUGGGGGAUGUCUUGGAUACAUCUGUUGAAGAAAUUAUUCAGAAGACUAAAAAGAAGAAGCACUAUUUGAAAAUCUGGAGUGAUCUUGCAGAGCCUGGAACCAUCUUGUUUGCUUCAGUAGAAAGAUUCCGUCAUGCACUAAAAUACACAUUGACGCUCAAAGUGAAGGAAAAGUACCCCGGUCAAUUAGAAGCAGUAUUGCAGAGGUUGCUAGAGCAGAUCAUCACCUGUGAUGGGUUGCUCCCCUCUCUGUGCCUCCAGACAGAACCAGUUACUUUAUUCCAAUUUUAUAGCUACCUGGAAAAACACCACAUUACCAGCCUGGAGAAACACUUGGGAAGACUUGCUAAAGAAGUGAUGCUAAUUGAGGAGCUACAAUGCCCUGGACGGCUGAAGACUCUUAAAAAAUUGAAAGGAAAGCGACUGAACAAACUCCAACCUCUACCACAGACUUUACGGCUACUUGGGAUUCUGCAGCUGGACGACAACCACCGUGUCAGCAAAGCAGCCACAUCCUGCCUCUCCCGUGCCGCAGGGAACAGGAAUUUUAGGGAAAAGGCUCUCUUUUUUUACACUGAUGUUUUAGCUGACAGUGAUGCGAGACUUCAACAAGCUGCAUGUUUGGCCCUUAAAAACCUCAGAGGUGUUGAGAGUAUUGAGCAGGUUGCCCGCCUGUGCCAAUCUGGAACAGAGGAAGUUAGGAAUGCAGCCAGGGACACAACGCUAUCCUUUGGUGAAAAGGGACGACAAGCCUUUGAGAAAAUGGACAGGAUUUGCUGUGAAUUAAGAGAAACUGUACAACAAGAGGCUGAAAUUGAGAUCACAGUAUUUUAG